GUUGGCGAUAAGGUAAUGGUUCUGGCUAGGUCAGGGCUCUGGCAAGAAGUGGUGAACGUGCCAGCCAGUCAGACUUUCCUCAUGCCUGAGGGGAUGAGCUUCGAGGAAGCAGCUGCUCUUCUUGUCAACUACAUCACUGCCUACAUGAUCCUCUUUGACUUUGGAAACCUGAGGCCCAACCAGAGUGUCCUCAUCCACAUGGCUGCAGGUGGUGUGGGAACUGCUGCCAUCCAGCUGUGCAAGACUGUAGAAAAUGUCACAAUUUUUGGCACAGCAUCUGCCUCCAAGCAUGAAUCACUCAAGGAGAGUGGAGUAGCUCACCCCAUUGACUACAGAACGAUGGAUUACGUAGAGGAGGUCCGGAAAAUCUCUCCCAAAGGUGUUGACAUUGUCCUGGACCCCCUGGGAGGAUCCGAUACGUCCAAAGGAUUUAACCUGCUGAAGCCGAUGGGCAAACUCAUCACUUACGGGAUAGCAAACCUGCUCACUGGGCAGAAGAAGAACCUCAUGGCUAUGGCUAAAACCUGGUGGAACCAGUUCAGCAUCAAUGCCUUGCAGCUCCUACACCACAACAAGGCUGUGUGUGGCUACCACUUGGGAUAUAUGGAUGAAGAAGUUGAGCUUAUCGGAGGUGUUGUAGCCAAGCUGGUUAGCCUGUACAGUCUAGGCAAAAUCAAGCCCAAGAUAGACUCGGUCUGGCCCUUUGAUCAGGUGGCAGAUGCCAUGAGGCAGAUGCAAGAGAAGAAGAAUGUUGGAAAGGUCAUCCUGGUUCCUGAAGCAGCCAAGGAAGAAUCCAAAAAAGAAGAGAACUAAGGAGAAGAGAUGAGUGCAGAUUGUGAAGUCAUGGUUUAACUCCCUGAUGUCUUUGGGACCUGGAAAUGGACAGAUCAGUAGCUCCCAUCUUCACCAGUACGAGAACAU